AUUGUAUCUAAAGCAAUGACAACAAAUAGCAGGUUUAGAAGAUGUUAUUCAGAUAGUGGUGCAGUUGUCAUGCCACUAAACAAAAGAACUGUUAGUAAUAUUAGUGUUGAUAGAUAUUCUGAAAGAAGUAUUCAUAAUGAAUAUUUAGAUGAUAAACCUUACAGAAACAUGUGUAACGACUGUAUGACCAGAGUACCGUAUGCAACACUCAUUGCAACAAUUAUGUGUUGCUUGGGUGUUGGAAUAUUUUGCGGUACCAUGUUCCGGGGAGCUACACUGACCGCUUUAUUGAUGGAUCAGGUUUUCCACUUGAGACUUAGCUGGCUUGAAGCAUUACAAUUAAUUUUUGCAUCAAUUGGUGCGAGUAUGGCUGCAUUAGGAUUCAUGAUACUUUGCGUUGGUUGUCUUGCAACGGGAGCAACAAGACACAAAGUCUAUCGAGCUUGGAGUACACGUGUUGGUGGUCGCAUCUCAUGUGCUGUGUUCAUGGUCAUCACUUACAUACUCCAAUUUGCUUGGCUGUUAAUUUUUGCAUUUUUAGUCAUUACGACAUUUGUAUUCACAAUAUUUUGGGGUCUUUGUGAAAAUCCGCGUGUUGGAUCUCAUAGCGAUUGUAUUGACUUUAAUCAAUUUAGUUUUAUGUUCCCUAACUAUACGAGGAAUGAAGAUAUGAAAGUAUGUGGACCACAGGAAGUAAAAUUAUUCUGCAAAGAUUAUGUUGAGAAAGCUGAAGUGAUGUUUAUUUUAGCAACAGUGGCUUCCAUAUUGGUAGUACUUAGCCUUAUCCAUUAUUUAAUGUGUCUAUCAGCAAAUUAUGCACACAUUCGUGAUCAUGAAAAAUUUCAAGAGCUACAAGAACUUCAGUACCUACAAGACCCCGGCGAUGGUGAUUCUCCUCAACAUGGUAUGGAUACUUUGAGCUCUCAUAAUCAUAGCAAAGAUAGAUUCUAGGAUACGGCCCGCGAGAUCUUCUCUCUGAGCUCCAAUUAAAUGUCUCCCCAUUUCUUCUGCUUAAAAAUGAAAAAAAAAUAUAGGUAUAUAUAUACACAGAUAUAUAUAUAUACAUAAUAUCUUAUUGUAUUGUGUAAUGUGAGGUCUACUGUUAAUUGCUUACUCUAUCGUUAUACUAAAUUUUUAAACUGGAAGAUCUUGCGGGAAAUUUAUGCCGUCCAUUAUUCUAAUAAAAAAAAAAUCAGUUGGCAGUCAAAUUUCUUUACAAAAUGUAAAGAGCAAUCUAUGACAUAUCUAUAUUUGUUUUGUUUAUUAUUUAAGGAUUUUGGCUGCUUACAUACUGCUUUAAAUGAGAUGUUUUAUAUAGUUUAGCAUAGUAUUAAUUAUUUUAAUCAUUUUACAUCCUAAACGUAUUUACGUUUUUUAUCAUACCUAUUCAUUUCUAAGUAUUAUAUGUGUAUUGUUUAUAACAUUCCACAAUUUAGAAAUUUAUAUUAGUUGAAUUCACUUUUUUAAUUUUAUAUAUUUAAUUACUUAAAAUUGUACAAUGAAUUUUUAUUUAAAAUUCAUUUUUUAUAAUGCAUGAAAAUUUGUAAAAAAGCGCGUAUCAAUUGUACGUAUAGUAGUAAAUUAUUUUAUAUUUAAAUCAUCAAAUUUUAGUUAUGCCUAAUUUGUAAAUUGAUAUGUCGUUUAUUAAUGAAGUAAACGUUAUUUUACUGACUCUCAAUUAAAAUUAGUUCGUAUAAAUAAUGAAAUUGGGAGUAAAGACUAAUAAUUUGUUAGUUUUAUCGGAGUAAUAAACAAUUAAUAGCAAGUAUUAAUCCUUUAAUGUUCUGGAAGCGCAAUGAAUCUCAGUGUGAGCUGUUAGGGGAGAGAACCAAUCAUAGUCCGUUAUGCGGUUGUGUGAAAGACGGUUUAGUGUAGUAGUGUGUCCAUGCGUCCCUUUCUACUAUUUUUCUGGCCCCCUCUCUAGGAAAAAGACUAUAGCUCUCUCACUUAAAGAAAAA